AAUAACCUCACUUUUUCCGCGUUGACGAUUGUUGCGCUCUUGGGAGUCGAUACGGCGGUGAAUUAUUGUUCGGAUCGCACGGAAACCUGCUGCUCCUGCUAGAGAAGGUGCAAGUGUUCGUAAAUUUGUAAAGUUUCGUGGCGAAGCAAGUGGUUUCUGAGCAAUCAUCACAGGUGCGUUGUGUUUCGGGCGCGUGUAUCACACUGUUUAGUGAUCACGCAAGUGUGACCUGUUUCGGUGUCGAGAGGCGCGUGCUUCUGCCCCACUUUGGGCCACCAGGUUUUUCGAGAAAAAAACAAAAAAAGAAACGGCAAUGGAUCCACAAAGCUUGCAUCAGCGAGAGGUUCUUGCCGGCGGCAUGCUGCAGCAACAACAGGAAGAGAUGGAGGAGGACGAGGAAGAGGCGGCCCUGGUGGCAAACGAGCAUUCGCACGGCGAAAAACGCAAACACAGGGAGAUGAUGGAUUCCGAGAGCGAGGAGGACGACUUCGCUGGAUUCGACGAAGACGCGGCCAGCGAAAAUGGACGCUUAUGUUCUCCGCCAUCAAAAUCGUUGUCGGACGCGCUUUGGACAGCGAUGGACAAGAAAAUGCAGGAGGCCGAAAACACUGAAGAAGAUGCCACUGACGUACUCGAUGAGCAAAAUGCUUCCAAACAGGACGAUAUGGAUAACGUCAAUCAAUCCGCCAUGAGCCUGGAUGCGUCGAAACUUAUGAUUGGAAAGAAAAAACCGUUCGUGCCAGUGAACGUGCACGAUGCAAUCUAUAAAGUACCUUUUAAAUAUGGCUGGAAACGUGAACUGGUCUACCGAGCAAAUAUGGACGGCAGCAGCAAGGACAAAGGCGAAGUUUAUUAUAUUACUCCAACGGGCAAGAAGUUACGCACCCGCCAUUGUAUUGUGGCCGCAUUGCACGAUGAUCUGACGUUGGAUAACUUUACGUUCACUAAAGAACCGGUUGGCGGUAAUCCGGACGAGGAGACCAUUCGAAGCGCCAAAUCGUACACAAAUGCACCGAAACGUUCUGUCUUGGGAUCACAAACAGUACCUGGACUGGAAGCCUCGCCGGAUUUGGGUAAACGGGUUCCGAAACCGAAAAUGCCAAAAGGGGCCAGUCCAACACCACCGUCUACGUACUCUAAGGGCGCUAAUGUACUGUCGUCCCGAGUGUCGCCAAAAAGCAAUUCAACAAGUGGCGGUGUAGCAGGAAGUGGAAGUGGUGCGGUAGCGAUCGGAGGGUCACGUAACAACUAUUUGAUACCCGGCGGAAUAAGAAAAUCAAAUGAAAAUGUCAGCACGUUGGAAAAAUCGACGAAAGGAAAAUCGAGGGUGGAGUGCACGAUACAGUGCUUACUGGCGAUGGGAAUGAUACCGCAGCUGCAAUGUAUGGUAUGCUUCUGUAUGUACCACCCGGAAUGUGUCUUCGCAACGACGGCCGAAGCGCUGGCACGCCGAUUUACCUGCAAGAGUUGCACGGAAGAGUCGGCUACCGCUCAGGUACAGCACGCGCAAGCUUACAAGAAAUCGUUCGGCAUGUUCGGCAUCAUUGGCAAUGGGAACAACAAUCUUGGUACUGCCCCAAACGUAGCCAGCAACGGGGAGGGGAUGUUGACAUUACACGGUACAGCUCCGAAGGAAAAAACCAAACGGUCCCAGCCGCAGCAGCAGUCGUCCGGUUCGGCUAAACUUUCCAUUCCCACCAAACAAGCUGCAGCCAUUACUGCCGUGCCAACGGUGCCCGAGAAGGACAUUCCGCCACAGGACGUGGUCGUGAUCGGUGGCAAUGAAUACGUGUUGGUGCCGAAAGGGAAAGCAACGAAUGCGAAGGUCAAGAAACUAUCUAAACCAGCGAACCAGUCUCACCCGAACCCUCGAAAUUCGGACGAUGCUAGGAAGACAGGCACCGGCACAGCGACCGGCAUCGUGAGCAACAAACAUACUAACAACAGCAACAGCAACGAGCGCUUAUCAGGAGACAGAGAACCGUCGGCGGCUUCGGUGAGUGGUAGCACGGGCACCACCAACGGUCGCAGCUCGGCUCGAGAUCCGUCCAACUUUUUGUCCGAAGUGUCGGCAGGCUAUCAAGCUUUAAUGCAAAUAUUCGACUACCUGAAAGUUCAAGAGCUCCUUCGUGCCUGCAGCGUGUGCCGAAUGUGGAACCACGUUGGAAAUCAUCAGCGCUUCUGGCGAACGGUGCGCAUGAAAAACUCUUACGUUAAGGAUUGGGCCGGAAUGAUCGCCAAGUUGCGCCAGAACGGCACUCAGCAUCUCGAUCUGCGCAAGGUCCUGAAUGCGGGCAGCAAUGAUGAAAUGUGGCAAAGCUUUAUCGAGCACAUUGGCCAGGCGAAGAAGAUAGAAAAGAUCGACAUGUGUCGCUGCUCGUCCACGGUGGUUGGCAACCUGUUGCGCUCCAAUCCCAAUCUGCGCGUCGUCAACGCACUCGCCAUCAAGAACGAUCCGAUUGAUUUCGUGAACUUUCAGUAUGGCAAAAAUUUGGAAGAACUGCGCCUACGGUCUUCCGUCGCCGUCUCGGUGGACGGUGAUUUACAUCAGCUGGGAGCGCUGCGAAAUUUGAAGCAUUUGUCGCUGAUGUCGAUUGCCAAGCUGGGCGCAACGUCAAUCGAAGCGCUAGGGUCGUUGGUGUUGCUGGAAUCCCUCGAGCUAGGGGAAUGCACAGAGAUUGGCUCCAACCUGGCGACCAUCCUGCCCAAGCUGAGCGUGCUGAAGCAUCUGCGGCUAGAAAAGGGUCAGGAAAACUUCGACAUGUUCAUCGUGCUGGAGGGCAUCUCGAAGAUGUCUUCGUUGGAGCAGCUGGACCUUAUUAAUUGCGACGUCAAGCUGGGCUUCGAUAAGCAUAUCGUUAGCUGUAAGAAUUUGUCGAAACUGUUGCUCAUCCCCACGUACGUCUCGCAAUCUGCUGCCACGAACCAGAUGAUCCUCAAGGGGAUCAUGAAUAUGCACUCCACGUUGAAGGCGGUUGUAUGGGUCAUCACGGAGGAACUGCUGCGUGUCACAGAGCUGUACAUCGAUACGAACGUGGACGAUGGAGGCGCUUCGAAUAAUUUGGGUGAAAAAAUUCCCAUCCUUAAGCCAGUGCCGGGAAGUGACGAACCGGCAAGCGUCGUCCAUCAGGCGGAUGUACCGGACAAGGUGGAGAUUGUACCACUUACAAAGCUGGAGCACAUCUUGGAACGAAGGGUACCCAACACCAAGGUACAAAUCAGAAAAGUGGCUUUCGCAAACACAUGGAAGCAAACGAUGGUAGAUGUGCUGUAAAUGUGUAAGCUCGCGACUAAGUAGUUAUGUAAGUAACAACGAAACGAAUCGUUUAUUUCAUUUACGAGUUAAAGUAAAGAAGCUUAGAAAGGGACACGUGUAAAUAGUGUAUGGAAUAACAAAAAGUUCAAUACGAUUCGCUAAAGAAUGUUUAUUUCGUAAUUCAACUUAUCU